AGUUGGAUUUUUUUGUUGUUGUAACAUUUCUUUUAGAACGCGAAAUAGAACAUUGUGAGCCUGUAUUUAUUAACGAAGAUAAACUAAGUUUGUUUGGUCGUCUGUAUGCAAGAUUGCGAAUCUACCAGUUGCCUGAGAUAGAGCUCUGACCCCUGCCACUCUCUCCUCUAUUUACCGGAACGUUCCGCUCCUGGCCAUGGAACGUCCCUUUACCAACUGCCCUGCCAGAAGGAGACGCUGAGAUAAGCAACAGUUUCAGUCUGAGCUGGAUUCAAUGAGGGAGCCAGAGCGGGAGGAGCAACCUGAAGACGCCAUCAUGCCUCCCAAAUUCAAACGACACCUCAAUGAUGAAGAGGUCACAGGAUCCAUAUGCAGCGAGAGGAGGAACCUGCUGGAGGAAGACUCUGAUGAAGAGGACGACUUCUUCUUGAGGGGACCAACUGGACCCAGAUUUGGAGCUGGAAGUGACAAAAUCAGACAAGUGCAGUCGCAGGUUGAUGAGGUCAUCGAUGUGAUGCAGGAGAACAUCUCCAAGGUGAUCGACAGGGGAGAGCGACUUGAGGACCUGCAGGACAAGUCAGAGAGCCUAUCAGACAACGCUUCAGCCUUUAGCACCAGAGCCAAGCAGCUGCACAGGAGGAUGUGGUGGAGAGAUAUGAAGAUGAAGGCCAUCAUAGCUCUGGUGGUGGUCGUUCUGCUACUUAUCAUCAUCAUUCCAGUGAUAUUGCGGUAUCGCUAGUGUCGCCAGGAGGAGGAAGUAUAUCUCCUCAUCUUACUCCCAUUCUCCUGCACACAGUCCUCCACAUCAGCCAGGGGGCACCACCCAGCCUCCCAGACCCCUGCUGUGCCAGCCUGUGUGGCUCUGGGUAGAAGUUGCUCUUAACUACAGAUCUAGGAUCAGCUCACCCUCUCCCAAUGCUAACCUUUUACCGUUAGGUCAGUUUUGUGUUUUCAAUCUUAAGGUCAGUGUCUACUAGAGACCACUUCAUCCUACUCUGUGAGUCCGGGCCAAGGGUGACAUAGGUAGCAUUACGUCGCCGUUACAUAAGGGUUGGGUUUGCUUUGCAAAUGACACCUUAUUUAGGGAAAAGGUUGUCAUUUGACAUGCUGCCUGUGUCUCAGCCCCCUCAUCAAACUUAAGGAGAACUCUGUUCAAUACAUAAUACAUAUCAGCUAGUCCGGUGGUCACCAAACCUUUCUGAGUCAAGAUCUCUUUUACAGUCAAAAAGCAAGCUGAGAUCUACCACUUAGAUUUUUUUACAUUACUUAAAAAAUGUAACAUUAACUCAAUAGUUGUGUAGGAAUGAGGUUCUGGCAGCAGGUCUAAUGCACAUGCUGCUGUUCUGUGUUGAGCGUUAACCUGAAAGAAAUAGGUAGUCCUAUAUGCUUCAUUUAAAGUUAUUAAUGUAACUUGUUCUACAAACAUUGGGCUGGCUUUAUGUUUAGAUUUUUAAUACAUGGUAAGGCUGCAUGAUGCAACUUUAAAUCUCUGCUUUGUUUUUUUGCGCAGGCUGAACACAGUCUCUCAUUCACAAUUUGACAAUCAAUUUGACAAUGCCUAGAAGUUCAUGGCAGCAUCCCCUUUGUGGCCGUAAUGCAUCCUAUAAAAACCCAGGCCUUUUGCGGCCCGGAGUACUGCAUUGUGCCCUUCUCCCUGAGUCUGCUGCGCAAUCCGAAACGUCUCUCACUCACACGGCUCUGACACACCAGGGACGCAAUUGUGCGUGUCCUUAUCCAAUUACGAAGUGCAUAUUGAAGAUAUAUGGAAGAACUGUCCACAUUUACUUUUCAUCAGCCAACAAGAUGAGUAAGCCUAACGAAAAGCACUAGCAUAUGUCAAUGUACUAUCCCCCAUAGUACAAAAGCCGACCUAUUCUGUGCGAGAAAUGAAUAUUCCAAACAUAGUCUGGGACAGUUGUGGGAUGGGAUAGAUCCCAAUUUAAUAUAACCACUAGGAUAAAAAAAAAACGGUUUUAUGCAAUGUGGCUGACGCAACA